GAGGAAGCUUCUUCUGUCAGGACUGUUAACCCUCAAGCGAGGGACGAGACAUUGGAACAACUAUUGGCCCAGAUGCGGGAUCUACAGGCCCAGGUCAUAGGAAGGAAAAUUGGUGGCUCGAGGGGACACCCGUUCUCUCAACACAUCCUCGACGCUGACCUUCCGCAGGGCUUUCGUGACAUAAACAUAAGUUACGAUGGAUCGACCAACCCAUCUCGACACAAGAGGAGUUUCGAGAAUAUGGCAGUGCUCCACCGUUACAACGAUCCAGUGCAGUGUCGAGCUUUUCUGAUGACUCUGCGAGGGUCUGCCCAGGACUGGUUCCACCAAUUACUGGCAGGAGCCAUCAAGGACUUCGAAGGGUUCAGCUCGAGGGAGUCGCUGCGAUAUUACGUAGCAAGGUAUACGCGAGCGUGUGUCGAAGUGCCUAGAGCAUCGGAGGAAAUAAAAGCGGGAGGUUUAACUCGAGGGCUGCUGCCAGGCUUAUGCAGAAACUCCCUGGCCAAGCGCCCAGGUAGAACGUUUGACGAAGUGUUGGGGAGAUGUGAGAAAUAUAUGAAUGUCAAAGAAGCAAAGGUCGAUUUCUUGCAGGCAACCAAGAUAACUAAAAUAGAUCCUCGAGACGAAAGAAGAGAAAAAAGGGGUUCCUCGACCGGGGAGAGAAAGGGAUCCCCACGAGCGGAAAGGGAAGGACGGCUUAGAAGUUGGAGGCCGACUCAGUACACCUCUCUGGCGGCCCCGCAAGCUAGGAUCCUGGAAGUUAUGGAAAGGGAGAUUCGUGACAGUCUGGUGAGGUGGCCCAAGACGAGGAAUGAUGGGCCGAAAUGGCCUAAGAGCAACCUAUACUGUCGAUUCCACAAAGAUUACGGGCAUAACAACGAUGAUU